UAGUUUGUUAUAUUUAUGUGGUACUAUUCUCUCUCUCUAUUUUAGUCAAAUAUUUAGUCAUAAAUAAUAUUCAGAGUGUCUCCGGUUGUUUUCUUAUCAGAGAGCUAACUUAGCUAGCUAGUGGCUCAUUAAUAUUAGUGUUUGCUAACUCCAAAGCAAGACGACAUUUACCUGAAGAUGUCCUCUACUGGCGGCACAGAAGGUGUUUUGCAGCAGGUCAACCAGUUCUGGUCCAUGCUGGACGACCUGUCUCAAAAUGACCCCGCAGCCUACCGCAGGUUCAUCCACAAGCAAAUGGAGGAAGGGGCUGAAUUAAUGGCACCGCCUGAGCUCGACUCCAGUCUGUGCACUGAAAUCUUGGAGCCCAACAAAGGGUUGCUGUAUAUCAACAUAUGCAGCUGGAAACGUGUGCCUGCACCUCAGGAUCCCAGCAAGCCACUACCUUUAUGUGCAGGAAAACUGGAAACAGACACAGAUGAAAGUCACGGCUUAUACACUGUGUUGGAUGUAGCUUUAAACCCUGUAGUGCUAGAGGAAAGUAAGAAAGAUAAAACAGAAGUCUAUAUGCUGGCCCUGAGCUUUGCCCACCAGCAGCUUGGGUUGAGGUUAUCUCAGCAGUACACUGUCAUCAGCUGUAGCCCGAAAAGUAGUUUAGAUGACUUUCACCGCCGCCUUGGGUUUCAGCAGUCCAAGACCUCCAAACAACCCGACACAGCAAGUCAAACCCCAGCUGCCCUCCUGCAGCAGAUCUGCUCUCUACGUUCAGAGAAACAAGACGUGGAGCUGGAAGCCCAAAUUAUCUCUAGACCUGCGGAGCACAAAAAGGAUUUGAUCCAGGUCAUCUCCACCACUUUUGUGCAGCCUCAGAAGCCAGAGUACCAACUUCGGGUGAAAAUUGAUACAGCAGGAGUUCCUCGCAGCGUGGAGCUGACAGUGGAGCUGCCAAAGGUUUGCUCUGUGUCAGAGUGCCAGCUGAGAAUCUCCAAGGACGACGUCUUACUGGAGGUGGAGGAUGUUUACUUUUUGCUUCUGGAGUUUCCAAAAACUGUAAACGAAGACACUGCAUCUGCCAUCUUUAACAAAAAGAAACGAAGGCUUGCAUUGACAGUGGAUGUUUUGUGACCAUUUGCUUUAAUGGAGAAACAAACACACACACAGGUGAUCAGCAAUCUGAAAAACCCAAGCUAACAAUCAAUAAACAGCUGCCCUGUGAACUGACCCCUCCCAAAACCAAAAAUGUUUUUCUGAAACAAUAUGUCACUGUGUUGGUUGAUCUGCAGCAGCAAAUUUAAUUCU